AUGUACACAAGUGCAAAAGAAGAUAAAGGACAAAAACAGGAGUUCAUGGCUUGCACGGAGGAGGAGGAUAGGACGCAUAAGAAGGAGAAGUAUAAAGAAGCAAAAUGGGUAGCAAAGAAAACAGUAGCGGAAGCAAAAGAUCGCGCAUUCGAAGCCUUUUAUCAAAAGCUUGAUACCAAAGAUGGGGAGAAGUAUAUUUUUAAGUUGGACAAAGUAAGAUCUAGGCAGAAGAAGGACUUAGGGACAUUAAAAGGUCCAAAGGAGGAAAUUCGACAAACUUUGGAUAUCCAAAGAACACAGGAUCAUGGGUCGAUUACUGAUAUUACCAAGGCGAAAGUAGGAGAAGUUCUCAAAAAAAUGAGGGGAUUAAGGGCAGUUAGACCUGAUAACAUUCUGAUUGAGGUGUGGAGGGGUUUAGGAGAGGAGGGAAUUCAUUGGCAUACUAACCUCUUUAAUGUCAUCUUGAGGUCUAGUAAGAUGCUAGAAGAAUAG